ACAGAGUGUCCAAACACACGGAAAAACUCCUGGUGAAGCAACUGAGAUCCACAUUACAUACUGUUAUAAAGAUGGAGUUUAUUAAAGAAGAGAGUGAAGACAUGAAGAUUGAAGAAAUACUCAUAGUGAAACUUGAAGAUCCUGAGGAACAAACAGACCUUAUGUCACUAAAAGAGGAGAGUGGAGAACUAAAUGAAAUGGAAAAUCAGAAUGAGAAACAUCAUGAUUUCAUGACUGGAGAAAAAUCCACAAAGACUGAAAAGACUUCCUCACGAAAAAGAGCUCAGAAGAACGACUCUAACAGUUACUUUACCUGCUUCCAGUGUGGAAGGAGUUUAAAUUCAAAACAAAACCUUGAAGUCCACAUGAGAGUUCACACUGGAGAGAAGCCUUACACCUGCCUUCAGUGUGGAAAGAGUUUCACUCAAAACCAAAACCUUAAAGCCCACAUGAGAGUUCACACUGGAGAGAAGCCUUAUAAUUGCACUCAAUGUGGACAGUUUUUUACUCAUAAAGGAAACCUAAAUGCCCACAUGAGAAUUCAUACUGGAGAAAACCCUUUCACCUGCAAUGUGUGUUGGAAGAGCUUCUCACGAAAAGAAAGUCUUAAUACUCACAUGAACAUUCACACUGGAAAGAAGCCUUGCAUAUGUGCUCAGUGUGGAAAGCGAUUCAGUUGUAAAGAAACCCUUCAAUGCCACAUGAGGAUUCACUCAGGAGAGUAUUGUUUUAUAUGUCCUCAAUGUGGAAAGAGUUUCAGUCAUAAAAGAAGCCUAAACACUCACAUUAAACUUCACACUGGAGAGAAGCCUUUCAUAUGCCCUCAUUGUGGAAAGAGUUUCACACUUAAAGGAAAUCUUCAGACUCACAUGAGGCUUCACACUGGCGAGAAGCCUUUCAAAUGUCUUCAGUGCGAGAAGAGUUUCACAUAUCAAAGAGACCUGAAAAGUCAUUUGCAAACUCACGAAAUUGUGGAAUUCUGAAUGUUAUGAGGCUUUGAGACUUUUUUUCUUCUUCACAUAACACUACUGACUCCCUCUAAUUUCGAUUGUAUAGAGGAGUCAUUCCAUUCUUUUUUUGCUUCCUCUGAAUCAAAAUAUUAGUUCUGUCUCGCUCUGAAAUAGCAAUGCAAACUAGGGCUGUCACUUCAGGGGCUUUCGCACCGGAUAGUUCUUGGAACUUAGUUGUGUGAAAAGUUAUUAGCAUAUGCCGUGUGGUUGAUGUCCAGUGUCGCUAGCUGAGCAGAAAUACAUAGCCUAAUCAUGUUUCUCUUGGUCCGUUCAAAGUUGCGUUGGAUUUUCUCCUCAGCGUAAAGGUUAAGAGGCUCAUCUAUCACUGUUUUCCAUGUUCGCAGAGUUACUUUCUGGAGUAAAUAUAUAGGCUAUAAUCUUUGUUUACACAGCCGCGUGCGUUCGGCCAAUCAGCGUACACUUGCGUCACGGAUAGUUCCUAUAAUGCUGGUUUAGACCCUACUCUGAAGUAGGAGCUAAAUUAGUUUUUCCAAAAAAAUUCAUAGAACUAAAAUAGUUUCUAGUUCCUGCGGUGCGAACGCGCCAAAAUCCGGGUACUUUCGCCAAUAGUUCUUGGAACUAUGAAAAGGUUCCUCCGGUGUGAAAGCCCCUAAUAUCAGACUUUUCACACCGUGAUUAUCGUGGCCAAAAGAAUUCACGGUAACAAUAUAUUGCGAUAUCUAUUGAAACCUUUAAAAAAGUUUUAAGUUCAACAGUAUUAUAAAUAAGCUUUAACAACACAACUAAUACCAUAAGCCAUCCCCAUUUGGAACCCAAAUCCAAUAAAUGGCAUAUCCAAAUUGAAAUACAUAGUUCAGGAAGCCUUUGGACUUAAAACUUUGUAGACUCAUUUAAAAGAUAACAUUGG